GAUUUUACGACGAACCCGAGAGUGAAGUAAGAGCCCGAACGUGAAAUUAUGCAUGCAGAAAUAUCGCGGGAAUGUAUAGUGUGCACGAAAUUACAGCCAUAUUUUUUUUUGAGCUAGCGCGCGCGCGCUGGUAUAUGUUGUGUGUUGUUGUCCGUCCCGGGGUUCUACUACGAAAUUUUACGAGACGAAUGGACGACCGACCUUUAUUUUCACCUGAAUUUUUGCUUAAAUUUUGUCAUAAAUUAUAAUCAUGUCGCAUAAAGGGAUGCAUGGAGAUGCGUUGAAUAGUUCUGGAGCUCACUGGAGAGAUGCAGAAACUAGACUUUUGAUAAAGCUUUGGAGACAGCCGCAAACUCUUGUAGAAGUCAACGAUUCAUCUUCCAGACAAAAAUCCGUGUACCAGCGACUCGCGAAGAUCCUUGUUGCAGCGGGAUACUUUCGGGAUGCAGGUCAGAUUAAGAAUAAAAUUCGCACAAUGACAACGAACUUCAGGAGGUUUUCAAAAAUGAGGUCGGAGGACAGAUCAAGUUGGACGGGACAGGGCAAGCAAAGUUAUCAAUACUUCAAUGAAUUGCGUGAAUUCGUAGACGUCGAAAUAUCAGGCGAGGCGAGUAGACAUGAUGAUGAUGAUGGGGACAGCUCGAACUCUCCGGGGGCACAACAACAAAAUACGCAAGUGGCAGUGGUCGGGCGCGGAGAAGUUACAGGGUGUCGAUUGCAAGUGCAACGUAUAAAAUUAGAGGACAAUCAUCAGCAAGUACCUGCUCUACCAAGCUCAUCCUCAGUUUUGUUUGACACGGGCAGCUCCAAUUUGACAAAUAGCAUGAAUGAUGGAGCAGCCCUACUUUUAAAUCAAAGAGAUACAUCUGAUCAUCAGUUACAUCAAUUACCUAAUGGCAACUUUGAUGCUGAUGAUAGCCAAGAAACAGAAAUUGUGGAUUCCCAAGAGGUUGAAGUAGGAUGGAUUUCAGAUGAAGACGAAAUAGGAGAACCAAGGACCAAAGUCAGAUGUCGUACGGAUUUGAGUAAUAACCACCACAAUUCAAAGAGAGAAAGCAGAAGGAGCCUGAAGAAGGAUGACACAGUGAAAGAGCUUGUGAAGAUACUAAUGGAGAAUAAUAUGCAGCGUGAUAAAGUUUUCAUGGAGGCUGAAGAUGCUCAUCGAAGAAUGGAGGCAGAGAGACACACCGAGGAGAUAAGACUUCUGCGGGACCAGAUACAGCUUGAGCGGGAUAGAUUACAAUUUGAGCGGGAGGAGAGGGAAAGGAUGGAACUCGUUAGGAGAGAAGAAGCAGCAAGAGCUGAAAGACUUAGGAGGGAAGAAAUGGAAAGGUCAGAAAAGGUGCGUCUAGAUGAGAGAGAUAGAGAAGAGCGACGUUUUACAUUGAUGAUGGCUCUGAUAAAGGGGGCACAGAAUCAUCAUGGCAGUUAAAUUUUAGCAUGGAUAUGGACUUAAAUCUUCUGAUCUGCAUUCCAAAUUACUAUCAAGGAUCACGUUUAUCAAAGUUUAUCUCUCUAGAGGGUGCGAAGAUCCAUGCAGCAAUCAACUGAUAUUUCCAGUUACUAGUACAUGUACCUAAUUUUGAGACCAAUGAAAGAAAAGAUAAAAUUAUCAGAAGGUAUUUUAAUCCAUUAGAAUUCUAAAUUCAAGAUGUCAUUGAAGCAAUCUCCUCUUUCUCAUCAGCAGCGCCCUUUAACAUUCCACAGCAAAAUCUGUUAGAUGUAUUCCUGAAGCCCCUUUGACAAUUGAUGGUGCGACUGCUUACAACCAUUGCGAUUCUUUGCAACAUAUUUUGUGACCAAGUGAUCACAAACGAUCGCACAAGCAAUUGUGAAAGUCACUUUAUCCAACCCAGUUUUAUCGUCUCGCCUGCAUAGCAGGGAGAGACUAUAGGCGCCGCUUUUCUGACGGCAGUGGCGGCGUCAACACCAAAUCUUAACCGAAGUUUAAGUUUUUUAAAUGACAGCAUAACUUAAAAAGUAUAUGGACCUACCGGUAGUUCAUAAAACUUGUACAUAAGGUUAAUCAAGUAUUACUGAACAUCCUGCCUGAGUUUCAGGUCACAUGACUAAGGUCAAAGGUCAUUCAGGGUCAAUGAACUUAGACCAUGUUGGGGGAAUCAACAUCAAAAUCUUAACCUAAGGUUAAGUUUUUGAAAUGUCAUCAUAACUUAGAAAAUAUAUGGACCUAGUUCAUGAAAAUUGACCAUAAGGGUAAUCAAAUAUUACUGAACAUCCUGCCUGAGUUUCAAUUAACAUGACAAAGGUCAAAGGUCAUUUAGGGUCAAUGAACUUUGGCCAAGUUGGAGGUAUUUGUUGAAUUACCAUCAUAACUUCGAAAGUUUAUGGAUCUGAAUCAUGAAACCUGGACAUAAGAGUAAUCAAGUAUCAUUGAACAUCCUGUGCAAGUUUCAGGUCGCAUGACCAAGGUUAAAAGUCAAUGAACUUUGGCCAUGUUGGAGGUAUUUGUUGAAUUACCAUCUUAAUUCUGUAAGUGUAUUGGUCUAGUUCAUAAAACUUGGACAUAAGAGUAAUCAAGUAUACAACUAUACAUCCUGUGCGAGUUUCAGGUCAAAUAACGAAGGUCAAUGAACUUUGGCCAUGUUGGGGGUAUUUGUUGAAUUACCAUCAUAAUUUUGAAAGUUUAUGGAUCUGAUUCAUAAAAUGUGGACAUAAAAGUAAUCAAGUAUCACUGAACAUCCUGUGUGAGUUUCAAGUCAGAUGACCAAGGUCAAAGGUCAAUUAACUUUGGCCAUGUUUGGGGGCAUUGUUGAAUAACCAUCAUAGCUCCGAAAGUGUAUGGACUAUGGAUCUAGUUCAUAAAACUUGGACAUAAUAGUAAUCAAGUAUCACUGAACAACUCACGCGAGUUUCAGGUCAUAUGACCAAAGUCAAAAGUCAUUUAAGGUCAAUGAACUUGGGCCAUUUUGGAAGUAAUAAUUAGAUUGCUGUCAUAAAUUACAAAGUUUAUAGAUAUAGUUUGUAAAAUGUGGAUAUAUGGGUUAUCAAGUAUUACUGACAAGUCUUAGGUCGCAUGAUCAAGGUCAAAUGUCAUUUAUUGUCAAUGAACAUGAUAGUAUUGUAUCAUAUGAAUUGUGUUUUUUGUGAAUAAUUAGUUUAAAGUAGUUUUCAAAGUCAGCACUGCUGCUAUAUUGAAUCGCGUGAUGCAGGUGAGACUGCCAGAGGCGCUCCACUUGUUUUUUAUCAGGUUUUUAAAUUUGGUAAAUGUUUUGCCCUUUCAUUCUGAAUCACCAACAGUAAACUGCAGCUUAUUGCAUAGUAAAUUUCCUGCAACAUGUUUUUUUAAAUUAUUAUUGAUAGUUACAAGGCAUCUGUCUCCUAACUAAAUAUAGGGAACCAUGUACAUAUAAUUUUUAAUGGAUUUGUCACAGUCAUAAUAUGAAAGGAAAGUAACAUUUUCUGCAUCUAUGUGAAUGCUGCCAUGUGAUGGAUCUUCCAAUAUGCAAUAAUCCAAAGCUCUGUAAUGGGUCAUACAGGUUUGAGACUUCAACUCAUUGAAAUUGUAUUCAAAUUAAUUCAAACACAGGGUCAGGGGAAAAUUUUAGGUGAUGCGACUUUUGCUCCGGCAACAAUUGCUCUGGGGUGGUAUUCUGAGGUCAUUUUAUCUUUAAAAUAUUUUAUUUUAUCUCUUAAAAUGAAAUUGGUAUUCUGAGAUGACAUUUUAUCUCUCAGAUAAAAUUUGAAAUUUUAUCUUGCGAAUAAUUUCUAUCUUGCGUAUCUAUGACGAUACGCAAUACAGAGCAGUGGCUGCGUAGACAUACCCAUCGCGUAUCUGGGUAUUGCAACGCGGAUGAUGUGCUUGCGCCCAAGUUACUUUGAAGAAAAAAAAAAAAAAAACUUAAAAGAGGGGAGGGGCUAUUUUAUCUCCGCGACAUUGAUUUCACCAAUAUUUCUAGGUGAAUUAACCCCAAAUAUUGACAUGAAAAUGAAGAAAAAUUAAAUAUUUAUUGAGAAUACCACCUUAACGUUAUUCCUGUACAAUCAGAAAGUAUUUCAUAAGACUUGUCUUGACUAAUUUUGUCUUUGAAAUGAUGCUUGAAAAGAUGCGAUAUAGACUUCGAAAAAAGAUGAGAGUAUUGUCCUCUUUGUUAAAAAGAAGUCUCAAUAAAGACGCGCAAGCGUAUAGUGCAAGCGUAUUUGAAGUCAAUAAAUUGACGCAAUCUCACUCCUUUGCCACACCUAUGGAUUUCAAUUGGUUGAGUGACACAAGAGAGCUAUAAAAGCGCGUUUCUAAUUGGAUAUUUAUUAAAAAGUAGGUGUGUCUUACAGAGAUAAAAUGAAGAUAAAAUUGUUCUCAGAAUACCAAUUCGGAGAGAUUUUAAGGGUAUUUUAUCACACUGAUUUUAACGGAGAUAAAAUAUUUCAUUUUAUCUGAGAUAAAAUGGAUCUCAGAAUACUACCCCUGGACUUUAUUUUGUCUCAGAGUAAGAUUUAUGGUUAGGGUGACUUGCAAUAGGGUUUUAUGUUAGGUUUAGGAUAGGGUAGUGUUUAAUCCAGGCUUGAAGUUGGUCAUUCCAUUAAUGUGUGAAAUUUUUAGUGGAGCAUAUAUCAUGGAACCAAAUUUUUGGUUCUUGUUAUUAAUUUUAUCAAAAUGAUAGAUAGGCUCAACUAUCAUACUGAUAAAAUUAACAAAACACCAAUUCAUUAUUUUGACAAAACAUUCUUAAGACGUAAUGUGAAAUGAAAAUAGAAAGAUGAAACAGCAAAAGCCAUACCGAAUUAUUAUGUCUUUAUGUCAGGUGAUCUUAAAGCACCUAUGUUGUAUGAGUGCACUUUGCACCAGCUGGCUGGUUUCAACUCUUAAUAUGUAAGAUAAGUUUUACUUCUCAGCUCAUCCUUGCCAUGUGAAAUAACUUAUUUCAUUAGUUUUUAUUCCCUUUCUAUACAAUACAAACUUUUUUUUAUAGAAAUGUGAGACUAAUCACACAUUCGAUAUUGUAAAUGAUAAACAUACUUACUUCUUUAUUUCAUGUUGUACAUGAAUUUAAAUUGAUGUGAUUUUUAUCAUUUUUACAGUCUCAUGACAAUUUUCAACUCUUUUGUAGAAUCAUUCUUUUAUUUGAAAUAAGAACCAAUUAUGUAUGCACACUUUUUCUAUAAGAGUGGUCCAUGUUCCUCAACUCUGACCUUUCCUGCUUGUUAUUUGGUGUAUAUUAUCAGGCAAAUUGAUUUAACUGAAGAGUAAAACACUACACAUUUUUUUUUAUCUUUUGGGAAAUGAUUACAUUCCUGAUCAAUGUUUUCAUUGUCAUGAUUUAUUCCAAAUGGUAGAACCUGUAUGUGAUAAGUUGGUAAAAUUAGACCUCAAAAUAAGAAAUACAUGGAUCUUUGACAACUGAUGCAUCUUUGAAGCUUCUCUUCCAGGUGGAAUAUUCUUGAUCUUUCUCACCUCUCUUUCCACACUUCUUACAACAUGAUGAACAAUAAACAUUGAAGUGGAAACCAUGAAAAUAGAUGUGAAAUAUCAUUCAAUACUUGAGGACAACUAUUCAUUUAUUCAUUGAAGUACUGCAUGUACAUACAGAUGUUAGGAAUAGGUAAAUAUAACAUGUAGUCAAAUUAAAUUUGCCACAGUCACACAGUGCUCUGCGUCAAAAAAAUAGUCAAUUUUGACCAAUCAGAGUGCAGUAUUCUUGUUUUCAAGCUGCUUUAUGUACUUGGCCAAUGAAAAGUGUGAUCUUGACCUGAUUAAACCAAUUCUUAUUUUGAAACCUAUACCAUUUUAAAGCAUACAUAUUCAGCUUUAUCAUGAUCUAAAAAUCAUUUGGGCUCAAACAAACAAAGUGUGAAAAUAGCAUCUUUUGUCAGGUGAAAAUAAUUAUUUCGUAGCACACUUUAGAUCAAAAUUUUAACCUAUAUUACAAAAUCUUUGAAUAAAUUUAAACACAUGACCUGAAAGAAUGAUUCUUCUUCUUUACAAUGAUACCAAAAUCAUGAAAUUCGAUGCACAAUUAGAGCAGCACCGAAUGAAAAGAGGUGUUUUGGUCCGCAUCAAGCUCAUUAAGUAUGCAAAACAUCUCGAGUCAUGAAUAUCACUUGGACCUGCCGUCUGAAUAAAUCUUCUGAAUUGA